AAGCAAAGGUUCCAGCCUCAAUACUAGCCAUUGGCACUGCAAAUCCAGUAAGCUGCUACUACCAAGAUGACUAUCCCGACUUCUUGUUCAAAGUCACCAAAAGCGAGCACGAGACGGGAUUAAAAGACAAGUUCAAACACAUAUGUAAUUUUUAAUUGUUGCAUGCAUCUAAUCAUAUACAGAUGGAGAUGCUGCAUGUAUAACUUUGUAUUUGACAGGUGAAAAGUCGAUGGUGAAGAAGCGUUAUCUGGGCAUCACCGAAGAGAGUCUGAAAGCCAACCCUAACAUAUGCUCCUACAAGGCUCCCUCACUCAAUGCACGUCAAGACUUGUUGGUUCACGAGGUCCCUAAACUCGGCAAAGAAGCGGCAUUGAAAGCCAUCAAAGAAUGGGGACAUCCCAUUUCAAGCCUCACCCACCUCAUCUUCUGCACAGCUUCCUGCGUCGACAUACCUGGUGCCGACUUUCAGCUCAUCAAGCUCCUCGGCCUCAAUCCAUCUAUCAACCGCGUCAUGAUCUACCUGCAAGGCUGCUUUGCUGGUGGGACGGUGCUACGGAUUGCCAAGGACAUAGCCGAGAACAAUGCCGGAGCUCGUGUUCUUAUCGUCUGCUCUGAGAUCACCACCAUGUUAUUUCAGCAACCUUGUGACAGUCACUUGGAUGUAUUGGUCGGACAGGCACUGUUUGGAGACGGUGCCGCGGCUUUGAUCGUUGGGGCUAAUCCGGACCCUGAAAGUGAAUGUCAACUUUUCAAUGUUAUGUCUGCUAGAGAGACUAUUAUCCCAAACUCGGAGCAUGCAGUUAUGGGACACUUGCGUGAGAUGGGAUUUGAGUAUUAUUUAUCAUCAGAAGUUCCAGGGUUGGUUGGUGCGAACAUAGAAGAGGUUUUGAGUAAAGGGAUUGAGGGCAUUGGGAUUAAUGGUGAUUGGAACUCAUUGUUCUAUAGUAUUCAUCCUGGGGGUCCUGCCAUUCUGGACAAAGUGGAAGAACAACUGGGUUUGAAGGAGGGGAAGCUGAGAGCAACAAGGCAUGUUCUGAGUGAGUUUGGGAAUAUGGGAGCUCCAUGUGUGUUUUUUAUUUUGGAUGAGAUGAGGAAGAAGUCAGUGGAGGAAGGAAAAGCCACAACUGGUGAAGGGUUGGAAUGGGGGGUGUUAAUUGGGAUCGGGCCAGGACUUACUGUGGAGACUGUUGUGCUCCGUAGUGCUCCGGCCACUGCUAUUUGA